GUAAAAUUCCAAAGAAUUAUCGUCUUAUCCCAAAACUGGAUGAAAUUCCGAAGAGUUUUGGGAGCAAGGUUGAGAAAUUCAGAGCUGGGUUUGUUGUUGUUGUUUUGCUGAGAGUAAAACUCGUCAAGUCUCCAAACCCUUGUCUUGCUUUGUUCUUUCACUUACCACACCCUUUCCUUUUCUCUCCAUAGCUCUCUCUCUCUCUCUCUCUAAAUUUCUAAACACACGCAGACCGUAUAGUCUCUCUCUACAGGGAGAGAUAUAUAAUAAAAUCUACUCCCAACUAAUAUUCAUGCACAUAUCUAUCGGAAAUAUUUUGGAAUUCGAAGGUCUCUCAUUCUCAUUCUCCCUUUCGCUUCUGAACUCUGAGAGAUAGAGAGAUCCCAGAAAAGUUCAUCGAGAUGUCAAGAGCUUCGUCGGUUGGAUCUCAAUCUCAAUCACUUAGUGACAGCAGUUUCUCUCGCACCUUCAAGUACUUGCUCGCUACGCAAUUCUUGUCAAGGGGAAUUCCAUUUAUAUUCAAUGCGUGGAUCGUCAGGCACCUUUCAGUUGAGGACUUUGCGCUCUAUGGAGUACAAUUUCCUCUUUUUGUCACCUGUGUACUGUUUCUCAGUCGUGAGGGAGUUCGGCGAGCAUGCCUGCGGGCAGACAUGAAAAGUGAUGGUACUUCAACAGAAGAAAAUAUAGCAAAGAUAAUGACAUUUGCCUGGUUAAUUCCCCCAUGUGGAAUUCUUCUUACUGUUGCAGCAUGCGGUGUUGUCUUCUGGAAUAAAGGCUUAAGCUUUUCUGAUCCAUAUGGGCAAGCAAUCUUGAUUAAUGGCUCUGCAUGUAUUUUUGAACUACUGGCAGAGCCCUUGUAUAUCCUUUCUCAGAACAUAACAAUGUUCAUUCUCAUUGUCAAGCAAACUGACAUGGAUAAAGCGAUUGUAUUUUCAUUGUCACAAACUGCAUAUGGAGUGUGCUUGUUCCUAGGUUAUUGGGUCUAUUUUCUUCUUUUUGGUACAUGUAGAAGUUCUGCUAUUUUCCCAUUCAGAGUAAAGAAUAAGAAGCAUUAUGAUGAGCAGCUGUCUGACAUGUGUAAGUUGUUUACACUUCAAUCCUUCAUGAAGUUGAUCCUUCAAGAAGGACAAAGUCUUGUCCUUUUAUGGUGGGCGACAUAUUAUAACCAAGCCGUAUAUGGACUUGUGGACAAAUUAGGGAGCCUAGUGGUGAGGCUGGUGUUUCUUCCUUUUGAAGAAAGUUCCUAUGCUACAUUUGCAAGGUCUGCAUCAGGAAAUGACCCAAAUAAAGACAGGAGGCUAGGAAGUAGCCUUACAGAGGCCCUUAAACUGGUUUUGUUAAUAGGUCUUGUAUUCAUGGCGUUUGGUCCAAGUUAUGCUUAUUCUCUCAUCAGAUUGUUGUACGGACAGAAAUGGAGUGAUGGGGAGGCAUCAACAGCCCUUCGAUAUUAUUGCAUUUAUAUAAUUGUUCUGGCUAUGAAUGGAACAUCAGAAUCAUUUCUACAUGCCGUUGCAAAAGAGAAGCAACUAGUACAGUCAAACCUUUCAUCGUUUAUGUUCGCAAUAAUACAUGUAGUACUGAAUAUCCUGCUGAUCAACUCAGCUGGUGCUGUUGGCUUAAUUUUGGCAAACUCAAUAAAUAUGAUCCUGAGAAUAGCGUACUCUGGGGUAUUCAUCAAGCAAUAUUUCCAGGAUUCCUCCUCAUUUUCUUUUUAUAGAUGCUUACCUUCAGGAUGGAAGGUCCUACUGUUUUCAGGAAUAACAACUAUUAUUUCUGAGAGGAUAUUUCUGGACAGGGAGAAUUUCUGGCCGACUUUCUUUGUUCAUUUCUCCAUUGGGGUCGCUUGCUUCUGCAUGUCGUCGUUUGUCAUAUAUCGCCGCGAGAGAUCCUUCAUCAACAGAAUUAUCCGCUUCCGUGAUCACUCGGACUAAGAAAACAGAAUUUUCAUGAUCCAUCUAAGCGUGUAGAGAAUAUUUAUUUGCCACUAAUCUGAUUGACAACUUCUUACAUGCGUAUCUGGGUAUGAGGAUUACCGAUUACAAUGCAGAAAAAACAACAGGAUGGGGAUUAAUGAUACCUAUGGAAGGUAACUGUAAGCACCUACUGAUAUAUCUAUGUAAUUGUUUGAGUAUGCAUUAAUGAGAAAGAAACAGGUGCUGGAUUAUAGACAAAUGCACAAGGGAGAACCCAUUUAGUGGGAAUUUUUAGAGAAUUUAUACCAGAAAGAUUUCAUUUA